AUUGCGGAUUCUGGCCGGCGACAUGCGCCUUUCAUUUUCAGCCCUUGCCUUUCCUAGAUGAGGUAAAUGUAAAUAGCAGAAAACGCUCAAGUGAGAACAAGUGAGGGUGUUUUUAAGGACCCACUUUUCCAAGUUUCCAAGCACUACUGGAAUACCUAAAACUAAAAGGAAAUUGAGUGUGAGACGCGGUUACUUGUGAAGUCAGUUUCGUAAGCUUCUUAGAAUUGUUGGAUAGUUGGACGUGUUCGAUUUGAUCGUGAGAUCGUUUUAUGUGCAAAAGAAGAUGGUCGAUCUCACUAAAAAACCACCAUGUCCAUUAGUUAGUGUCUGUUUCGUAAUAUAAAUAUAUGCCCCUCGCGCAUCUGUUACGAUUUUUUCUGAAUUAAGGUUAUUUACCGCGUGGAGGUCCAUUAUGUCAUUUAUCUCCAUUAUGCCGGCUAUUCUUGUAAUCUUACAUAGAUUCACGUGGAAUUAUAACACCAAAUGUUGGUAUUUUUUCCUCGUUCCUUACUUAAUCUACUAACCUAUUUUUCUUAAUAUUCUCUGUUAAAGUUGUUUUGCGCAUGUUUUGUGAUAAAUGUAAUGCUAAUAUAACAAGGUGAUUGAUUGUUUGUAGGUAUUAGAUUAAAUGUAUGGAUAUUAUUUAUGAAUGUCAAUUGGUACAAUGAUUUGUGACGUUCGGAUGUCAACUGCAGCUGCGUUACUUUUUGCGGCAAAGUUGUUGCCGCCCUGAUAAAAUGAGUGACGUGCGCCGCCGCAUUACUGCCGCGAUUAUGACGUUCGUUCCGUCGCUCAUUUUAUCAAGGCAAUUGACAGAGACGGCGGUGGCAACAACGACGCCGCAAUAGUAACGAAGCUGCAGUUGCCAUCCAAAUGCCACCAUCCGUUGAAACUUUACAAAAAUGCUGCUGCAGUCGACUUCCGAACAAAUGACACCUUGAUCCGCCGCAUUACUGCCGCGAUUAUGACGUUCGUUCCGUCGCUCAUUUUAUCAAGGCAAUUGACAGAGACGGCGGUGGCAACAACGACGCCGCAACAGUAACGAAGCUGCAGUUGCCAUCCGAAUGCCACCAUCCGUUGCAACUUUACAAAAAUGCUGCUGCAGUCGACUUCCGAACAAAUGACACCUUGAUUUAGAUGUGUUAAUAAAUAAAUAUCAGGGGAUAUCGUACACAGCCUAGCGCCAAAGCAAGUAAAGCUUGUACUAUGGGUACUAGGCGACGUUAAACGCAUACUUAAUAUAGAUAAAUACAUUGUGUAUUUUUGAUAUAACCUCAAACUUAAAGUAGACGUAGGUUUUAGUGCUACAAAACAAUUCUGAAAGAUUUUUUUACUUUAGUCCUCAUUACCAGAGCAUAAUUAAUUUUUGAUUUUUUUUCGAGCAGCAAUGUAUUUCGUACAUCAUGAUUACUUGUGGCAAUUGUGACGUCGCGUCAUUAAUGAGACGUUUUGAGUAAAAACAAAGUCGUGAUUACAUUGCUUGCUGAAUUAUUUUGUAUGAAAAAAUAAGACUCGUCCACUUUUUAUAAAACCUAUGAAAAUGUGUUAAGUACAGCCUAAACUAACUGCCCUUUGAUUAUGUGUUAGUAUCAAAAAUACACGCUGUAUACAUAGAAAACACCCAUGACUCAGGAACAAAUAUAUGUGUUCAUCACACAAAUAAAUACCCUUACCGGGAUUCGAACCCAGGACGGCUUCAUAGGCAAUUAGGCAGGGUUACUACUCACUAGGCCAGACCGGUCGUCCGUCCGUUCCGGUCAGUCGUGUUGGUUCCGCCUCAUACACAUUAAUUUACAAUAAUGUACAACAACGAAGAAUAAUCACUCGCUCACUGAAUACAAACGUUGAUCAAUGGUAUAUUCACCGUCUAAUAAAUAGGAGCGGCCAAGUAGGUCAAAAAUAUCUGAACAAAACCUCUAUUAUCAAUAAGUGCAUGUUCAGAUAUUUUUGAGCAACUUGACUGUACUUAUACGAUCUCUUAUAUUGGUAUAAUUUAACAUUACAUUCCGGAUUCCAGUAGUUGCCUUUUGAUUAAACUAUCACACGUCACCUAAAACUAUAAUUUAUUUAGGUAAUUUAUUGAUUGUACUUAUUUUAUUUACGUAGGCACUUACUUUUGAUAACUUCCUACUUGAUUACGGGUAGUACAAACGCUUCCUUGUCUGAAUAAUUUACUCAAUUGGUUUUUUUUAUUUAUAUGUGGGCAAAGUUGCCAAGAAUGAAGUAGUUGUAGUUCUGGCAACUUGCCCGCUAUUUGGUUUGGUACUUGCCUCGAGUUUUUAAAUUAAUUUUGUAUAAUUUGGUUUUGGUAUUAUGUUACGUGUGUUAUCUCCCUAGCGUUUUCCCGGAUUUUUGCCGCUUGGAUCCGCCGAUGGGAUCCGCUUGGCAAUUAAGCCAAAUAAUUAGCAUAGGCACUAGUUUUUAAGAUAGCGUCUGCUGUAUAACCAAUCUAGAGGGGAUACUAAGGCUCACGAAGCAUUCCUUCAUUGAAAAGCUACUGGCAAUAUUAGAUAAACUAUAUAUUAUUUCAAAAAACUCGCUGGUACGAGACGGGGUUUGAACCCGCAACCUCCGGAUUAAAAGUCACACGCCCUUACCGCUAGUACCAGUAACUAUGUUUUAUGCAUUUUUUAAUUCAGCUGUUUACUAAGAUAAAUUGAAUUUUACCGGAGGAAUGCCUGAAUUGAGUUACCGACAAACUAAUAAGUUUUUUAAUAUGCAAAUUCCGAAAAUUAUGAAUACUUCAGGCUGUCGAGAUAUUUUGAAAAUAAUUAAUAAUUAUAAUUUGCAUCGUUAUAUACGUCGUUUCGGAAUUACAGGAUAUUCUCGGUGAUUCCUGAUAUAAACUUACAUAAUAUACAUGUCGUAUUGGUAUCAUUUUGUACAUCCUGAAAUUUACUUUUUGGAUAAAGUUGUAUGCUGAUUCUCAGCCUUUCCUCUCAAGAUAAUUAAAACAUACAAGUUACAGUCUUAAGUGCAGAUUGGGCAAAGUUAUAAAAUUAAUAUUUAAAUACCUACGUAUAUAACACUGCCCACUUUUGUAAUGUUAAAAAUAAUAAAGCAUAAAGUCAAAAAAGCAUAGUAACCUGUAGAAAUUUCAGUCACCGGUAUACCAUCAAGUGCUUAGCCUGCAAAAAACAUAUUUGGACUCACAGGCACACGCGUGACUUUACUUAGAUACGUGUCCAUCUAACAAUGGAAGUUGCUUAUUAUCUAUGUAAAUGGUUUUUCUCAUACAUAUAUUAAAAAGGAAAUGGACUUUCAACUAGUUUUGAUAAAUUUCACUUUUACCGAAAUGUGACGCGUUGUGCAAAGUGAUCUAAGAAAGGCAAAGUUGUAAAUGUUGACAGUAUCAAUAAAAAAUAUUGUGUACUUUAAUAACUGGAUUUUAGGCCACUUUCAUUUCUUCUGAACUACUUACACUUCUUGAUACUUCUUGUGACAGUCGCAGGAACUGCUGAGUUGUACUUAUACUGUGUGAAGUUUUUGAUUUCUAAAAUGAAAAGACGAUUAACGGGAUGUCUUCUUGAUAACAAUUUGAAUAAGGAAUUCGAAGCAACGAUAUUUCCCUUGAAUCUGAUGCAAACGAUUACCUUGCAACCAAAAUACAGGAUACGGCGAGGUUUCGUCGUACAAAACGGAUUUCUUAAUUAUGUACUGUGUAUUCUAGGAAUAUGUUUGAUAUUAUUUCUCCAUAUUACCAAAGCGUUAGACCAACUAUUAAUACUUCAAUCAGAUUUAAAUACAUUUUUGCACUUGGCAUCUAUUUUCGACGCUGUUUUUUAUAUCUUUGCUACUUUAGUAAUGUUCACUGAAAAUCUUAUCCUUGGCAAAAUAAAUGUUGAGCUUAUAAUAAAAAUUUAUGAAGUUUACCGAUACUUGGCUUGCCCGCAUGUGGUGAAAGUUUCGCGAAAUUAUAACUGGUUUUGGUUUUGCUUAAUUUUUUCUACGUAUUUAUUUUUCGCAGUCCUUAGUAUUUUAAUAGGUAAUGUAAAGAGCAUGAAUAUUUUAUGUGGGAUUUCUAUAGUAUAUUUGGAUGUAAAUAUAAUUUUUGCCAUGCAAAUAAUUAAGUUUUUAACGCUGGAAAUCAAUCUCUGGAGACUCGAGAUGGAAAACUUUCGAGUAUCAUGCUCGAACACGAAUGACAAAUACAUAAAGAAAUAUACAGAGACCCGAGGUGAAAUACUGUACAUAACAUACUUGAAUAUAUUGAAAGCGUCUACACUUUUCGAAAAGAUUUUUCACAAGACGGUCAUUUCAAUUGUUGCGAAGGCAUUUUGGUUCAUAUGGGCGUGCAAGAGCGUGGGCCUGUUGUGCUGCCUGUGCGCAGCGUGCCAACAGUUCUACCUCGCCGUCAGAGACGUGGACGCAGCUAAUGCUAUUAAACUUAGUGACGAACUUUGCUGGGAUUCGUUUUGUUUAGUGGGUGUCCGACGCCUGUCCAAGCAAGUGUCUCGCCUGAACGCGGCCUGGACCAUAACGCGCGGCGUGCACGCGGGCGGCCUUUUCCGAGUGGACGCGGCGCUGCCGCUGCGGCUGCUGCAGCUACUCGCCGCCUACACCGUCGUGCUGCUGCAGUUCGCAUUUGUUUAAUAGUUGGGAAAUUUACCAAAAAUAUUGCUAGCUCUUAUGACAAACGUUGCAGUGCAGUCGCAGCUUAACUAUAGGGUAUAGAAAUCGAAGCGUGCAAAAUGUCACAAAUCUCUGGCUUGAGAGGGCCUCCAAUUUUGAUGCCUCUCGUGAGCAUCGGCCCCAUUUCGAUGACAUUACCUCAGGCCUCAGUGGAUAUGGUCAAGCUGCUGCCAUUUGCUGUUAUUAGAUUUUGUAGGAAAAAGAGGAGAAAAUAAAAACGUUUGCUCGGUGUAUACGUAUAUGUGUGACGGAACGGAGUGCAAGUUAUAAAAAUAUUUGUGAAACCACUGUGUAUUUCAUGUGUUUUUUUGUUGGUGUACAAUAUCAUAUUUAAAAAAUAUAUGUAAUUAUUUAUUUUUAAAAGCAACUUUUUUGUAUAUAGGGUAGGAUAUAUAGUUAAGUUUGAAGUGCAUACGUAUUUAUUAAAAAUAUAGUGUAUAUAUUAUGUUUGGCUGGGCUAUUACCAAAGAUAAGAAGGUAUUGCUCUAACGCAAUAGGUAGUGCAUUUUGAAUCUGUAGCUGUCGCCUAAGCCGUGUUUUAAAACCUUAAUAAUGGUGGAGGUAUAUUAUUCCAUCACUAAGUUCUUUCAUUUGAGACCCCACACGAUAUGUUUAAAAGAAAAAAACAUUUUUUUCUUUGUGCUGCUGACUUUAUGACGUCACAAUGACUAACCCCACAAUUUGUGCGUUAGUCGUCUCAAAUAUUUGUAUGCAGGACAUCGUAUUCCAUUCCGUGCGUUCGUUCCGUUGAAUCCAUUGAUACCUUUUAUGCUCACAUCGGAGAUGACUUGGGCAGAAAGCAAACUGAAACCUUACUUGCCAACCCACUAAGGUAAAAAUCGUUAUGAUUAUUUUUCGGCUACUACUUAUCACCCUGUACUGACCGGUAAUAUAUGUAUGUAUAAUCUAUGAACAUUCCGAUAGCCCGAAAUAGUCUCAUGCAAGAUUUUUGUAGUCCGACGUUACAUUCAUGUCCCGUAUAUUC